UUUGGCUAAUAAAUGAUUCGCCUAGAUUCUCUAGGACUGUGAGAAGCAUGCUUCAGCUGAAGCAUGAGCUUCAAACCUUUCUCCGAUGUAAUGUUGGUGACGGGAAUACAGCCUCCUUUUGGUAUGAUUACUGGACAGAGCUAGGUCCACUACAUCUCAUGUUUGGUUCUUCAGGGGCUCGGUCUCUGAGAAUACCUCUCAAUGCUACUGUCUCUCAGGCGGUUAGUAAUGGAAACUGGAACCUACCACCAGCUCGCUCUGAAUCGGCUAAGACUCUACAGAUCAUUCUAUCGACUAUGUCGGUCCCGUCUGCUGAAAGUGGUGGUUAUGUUUAUUUGUGGCGUAAUCAAUCUGGCGGCUUUGGUCCGUCUUUCUCUGCUCGUGUUACUUGGGAGAUGAUCCGUAUGCCUAGCCCUUUAGUUCCCUGGCAGUCCGUCGUGUGGUUCAAAGAGGAGCUCCCUCCUUGUUCCUUUAUAACUUGGACUGCCUAUCUUGGAAGAUUACCUACGAGGGACCGCUUGAUCUCGUGGGGGCUAUCUGUUCCAACAGGUUGUGUCCUAUGCUCUGCAGCUGAUGACUCUAAUAGCCAUCUUUGCUUUGAGUGUGUUUUUGCGGCUGCUACUUGGUCUCGUUUUUAUGGCAGGUACAUGGCGUCUCCCCCGGCUUCGUUAGCGGCAGUCCUUGACUCGUGCCAACAUAUUCAAGGCCCCCAUGUUGCUCGUGCUGUAAUAGUCCUGAAGCUUCUGAAUCAAGUCAUCAUCUACUCCCUCUGGCGUGAACGGAAUGCCCGCAUCUUCAAAAGCAUAACACUGACCCAGGAGGCGUUCUUCCAUGUCGUCGAUCGAGCCAUGCGUGAUAGACUGCUGUCUUUGUCUCGCCCAACGGCUGCUGUUGUUGCUCCCUCUCUUCUUGAGUUGUACUUUUAG